UUGGUAUCAUGUAACAAGGCACUUGCAAGCUAACGAGUUCUUCUAAUAUAACCACAAAAAAAAAGAAAAAUGCUGAGAGUGAGCACCAUCUUUCUCGUCUGUGCUCUAGCAUUACAUCCACUUUAUGUCUAUGGAGAUGAUGAAACGUGGGGCUGUUUGCCUAAUCAAGUCUGGAAUUCGUGUGGAACUGCCUGUCCCUUGAAUUGUCAGAACUUCAGAAACCCACCAGAUGUGUGCAUAUUGUCCUGCCAGAGAGGGUGCUUCUGCAAGGAACCCUAUAUCUUUCAAAAUGGCGACUCGGGCCCCUGUGUUCUGCCCAGUCAAUGCCCUCCUUCUCAAGACCAAAGCUGCCCACCUAAUCAAUUAUGGGACGAAUGUGGAACUGCCUGUCCCUUGAAUUGUCAGAACUUUAGAAACCCACCCGAGGACUGCACUAAAGACUGCGUGUCUGGGUGUUUCUGCGAGGAACCUUAUGUCUUUCUAAGUGGCAAAUCUGGUCUCUGUGUUCCGCCCUGGCAAUGCUAUCGAUCUAAAAAAUAAGGAAAACUCCAGAAGUGCAUAUGUGGCUCUUUAUCAUUAAAAUCUGUUGGUUUAUCAUCUUCACCUUGCUGGACAACUUUUACCAAACGUAAAAUGUACAAAGUUUAAUAUGAAGCAUUCAUCUUUCCCAGUGAAUGAGUAAAUUCAACACAAAAAAUAA